AUGAAACGAUUUCUGAUCCACGAUAUUUAUAAGAAGCCUGUAGUUAUACGAAAAAGUCUACUUUGUGCUAAUUCAGUAUGUGUAAGCAUUCCUCGUGUAAGAGGCUAUUUAAUCAAUGCAAGACAAUUCACAUCGAAUGAACGCCGAGAUGAUGGUAGCAAUGUCUCGUAUUGUAUGAAUUUAGUAAGGAAACAUGACUUCGAAAAUUACCUAACAACCUUACUAUUGCCUAAGGAUUCUAGGAAUAGCGUCUUCGCUAUCAGAGCGUUUAACUUGGAAACCAUUAAGAUUAAAGAUAUCAUUUCACAGCCUGGAACUGGAGAAAUGCGAAUAAAAUUUUGGGCUAGUGCGAUUGAAUCGAUAUAUAAGAAUGAGCCACCACAGCACCCAAUAGCUAUGGAGCUAAUGAAGGCUAAGGAUAAAAAUCACUUAUCAAAGAUGUGGUUCAACCGGUUGGUUAAGGAGAGGAAAAGGCGUUUAGAUGAUUCACCAUAUCGUAAUUUGGAAGAGUUAGAAGCUUAUUGUGAAAAUACUGUCUCCUCUAUACUGUAUUUAAUUCUUGAAUCUCUAGGUAUUCGUUGUUCCCAUUCAGAUCAUGCAGCGAGUCAUAUCGGAAAAGCGUAUGGAAUAGUUAUCUUAUUGCGCGCUGUUCCUUUCCAUGCAAAGAAGGGAAAAGUUUACUUACCAAGUGAUAUUUUGAUUAAGGCGAGAUCGAUUAAAAAAGACGUAUCCAGGAAGGCCGUGGCAGGUUUUUUAUGUUCGGUUAUAUGCCAAAAGUAUCUACGAGAUUUGCAAUUUGUGGAUUUUGACGUAUUUCAUCCUAAUCUGCAAGAAAGAGCCCCACUACUUCCAGUUCAACUUCUCAUUCAACGGCUCAGAGGUGUUUAUUAG